AUGGCGUACCGGCACAUCUCAGCUGGUGGAAGGUGUGAGCCUGGAGGCCUCCAGCUCAUGCCCAACCCACUUCCCAGUGAUUUCGCCAGGAGCUGGCCCUGCCCAAACCCGCUGCCUCAUUACCGGGAGAAGACGGUCAAGUUGGCCUUGCUGCCCAGGGCGCCUCUGAGUCAGGACCUGGCAGAAGGUUCUCCAGAAGACCUGAGGGCCUAUGAGGGUGAAGGCCAAGAAAGCGGCCCUCCGGUUGGGAGAGCUGCAGGCAGAAAGCUGCCGGGUGGAGGAAGCAGAGAGGACGGUGGGCAAGACCGCUCAGGAGCCCCCGGCCUGCCUGCGGGGGUCAUGAGCGUCCGGCCGGACGCCCCGAGGGAGGAGGGAGAUGCCGGGGACAGGGGACAGGAGGCAGAGCUGCGGGGCCCAGCCAGCAGCCGGCAGCGCCAGCACAGACAGGCCACCCGGUUCCUGCACAAGGACUCGGCCGACCUGCUCCCCCUGGACGGCCUCAAGAGGCUCGGCACCUCCAAAGACUGGCAACCGCACAACGUGAUCCAGAGGCGUCUGGUGGAGGGGAACCCGAGCCGGCCUCAGGGGGUGCAGGCCGCGAUCCACGGCCAGGAGACCAGGAGGAAGACCAGCAAGACAGAGAGGCCAGCUCUUCUGGUCAACUGCAAGUGCCAGGACCAGGUUCUUCAGGUGGCCGUGGACACGGGCACCCACUACAAUCAGAUCUCCGCUGGAUGCCUCAGCCGCCUGGGGUUAGGGAAGAGGGUCCUAAAAGCCCCAUCUGGGGACCUGGCGCCUGGGCCCCCAGCCCAGGUGGAGCAGCUGGAACUACAGCUGGGCCAGGCAACCGUGGCGUGCUCGGCCCAGGUGGUAGAUGUGGAGAGUCCUGAACUCUGCCUUGGCCUGCAGACUCUGCUCUCUCUCAAGUGCUGCAUUGACCUGGAGCAUCACGUGCUGCGGCUGAAAGCCCCCUUCCCUGAGCUGCCCUUCCUGCCUUUGCACCAAGAGCCGGACCAGUGACCGCUGCCCCAGAUGGUCCCCAGGG